GUUAACCUCGUUCCUACUAGUAUCCGACUGCCCAUCAUUCAAACAUUGCACAUGACGCUAUCAUUACGCUUUCCCAGGUACUUGCUACCUAUAUAACGCUCAGUGAACUUCUCAGGCAUCGCGAUGAUGUGGAGAGCUGUUCUUAUACUGAGCUUACCGGCUCUCAGCCUCAUUAUGGCUCAUGACAUCGGUAGACUUCGGAAGACGUUGGCUGCAGGAAAUGUAUACGCGCUGUUCCCUGAUGACAACGGCUACUCCCAGGCUGCGCAAGCUUACAACGGUCGUUUUAUCAUUGGACCAAUCGCCAUAGCAUACCCCAAAAACGCAGAACAAGUUUCGACUACCAUCGUAGCUGGCGCAGAGCAAAAUAUUCGCGUAGUUUCUCGAAGCGGAGGGCACAGUUACAUCGCCAAUGGCCUUGGCGGGAAAAACGGUUCCCUUGUCGUGGAUAUGAGCAAUUUUUCAAACCUGACUCUUGACUCGUCCACCAACCUGGCGACUAUCCAGCCUGGUCUUCGUCUAGGAGACAUAGCUCUCAUGCUGAACGAUCGUGGAAGAGCAAUUCCUCAUGGCCAUUGUAGUACAGUUGGCCUUGGAGGGCACGCAGCGUAUGGAUCGUGGGGUUUCGUCUCGAGGCAAUGGGGGCUCACACUUGACCACAUCGUCUCUGCUCAGUUGGUACUAGCCAACAGAACUAUUACGACCGUCUCUGAAGACAACAAUCCGGAGUUGUUCUGGGGGAUCAGAGGGUCUGCCUCUUCUUUCGGUAUUGUGACUUACUAUGAGUUCAGUACCGUUGCUGUUCCUGAAGAGGGCACCUACUUUGUGUAUGACUGGAACGUCUCUGUCGCCGAGGCUUCAACGUUCUUAACAUCGCUCCAAGGCUAUGUCCAGAGCGGCAUACCCAGUACAUUAGGCAUCGAAUUACGCCUACUUCGGGGUAACAUAGCAGGAAACUUGAGCAUCACGCUGGACGGCGCUUACUUUGGUUCGCACGACUCAUUCACCAAGACCAUCAAGCCGUACUUGGAUGCCCUUGUCCCGCCAGGAUUGACUACCAUCACGCAAGGCAAUUGGAUAGAAACUGUAGCGGCAUUGACAUAUGGCACAUUGAAUACCAGCACUCAGGCGCCAAUCAACGAUACAUUCUAUGCUAAAUCUUUGUUGACUCCCGAGGAUUCCCCCUUGAGCAAGGUGGCUGUUGACGCCCUCAUGUCGUAUCUCGAUACUGCUGGGUUCCGUACCACGGAUGUGUUCUGGUUUGUAGAGAUUGAACUUUACGGAGGGAGCAAUUCGGCGAUUAACACGGUUCCGGUCGAUCAGACUGCCUUUGCGCAUCGGAAUAAGCUGUUCAAUAUACAGCUGUAUGCCACUUCUGUGGUGCCGCCUUAUCCGAAAGACGGUUUUGCCUUUCUAAAUAGUAUAACGGAUGUCAUAAUUUCCAACAGCCCCAGGGAAUGGCAUUAUGGUGCAUAUAUCAACUAUCCUGACAAUCGCCUCGAUGACUGGCAGGACUUGUAUUAUGGUUCUCAUUAUGCGCGCCUGCAGGCUCUCAAGAAGAAAUUCGACCCUUCGAACGUCUUCAGCUUCCCUUUAGCUAUCGAAGGAGACACACCUUUGAAUUAACGUCCCAGCUAUGGUACGAUUCUGAUUCCCAUUGCUUUUCAGGGGGCACAUCAGAUAGAGUUAGUAUGUUAGUAUAAUACAAUUCCUUAUUGAGGCCAAAAGCGCUGAAAUGGAACGAAAGGGUAACGUGAUGGAG